GCUUUCAGACAAACUCUUUCCGCUUACCAUACAAGAUGGCCGAUAGAAAUGCUUUACUGGACCAGAUCCAAAAGGGAAGGAGACUCAAAAAGGCUACAACCAACGACAGAUCAGCACCCAUUGUCGACGCUAAACCGUCAGGAGGAGGAAUGGGAGCAACUGCUAUGGCUAGACCACCUCCCAUGGGUGGAAGUGGUAUGAAGACAGCUACUGCUCCAGCGGCAGCAGCUCCACAAGCCCCGCAACUCGGUGGCCUGUUUGCUGGUGGUAUGCCAACACUGAAGAAGACUCAAGGCUCAGCUGUUGAAACUGGUCGAAGUAAGUGAGCGGGUGGAUGCAAAUAUACUGAAUUUAUAGAUACGGGAUAAGCACAAGUUAAAUAGUGUCUGAUACUCAUGACUUGACUGUGUAGAUACACCUUCGGCCCCAGCAUUACCACCUCAGGCGCCGCGGUCGAACUUCAACACUUUUC